AUGGCGCCGUCCAAGUGCUCGAUCGCGUUCCUCCUCGUCUUCGCCGCCGUGGCAGCCAUCCUCCGCCCCUCGUCGGCGGCCAGGGUCCAGCUGGAAGCGGAAGAGGCUGCUCCACAGCCGCCGUCCUUCUGGCGGCCCCGGAUACCGCUCCCGCCGAUCCCCUGCAUCCCCGGUCUGCCGCGUCCCCGGUUCCUGCCCCCCUGCGACGGCUCCGGCGCGCCGCUGCCACCGCUGCCACCGCUGCCGCCACUGCCACCGGCAGGACGGGUGCCGCUCCCGCCGAUCCCCUGCAUCCCGGGACUGCCGCGCCCCCGGUUCCUGCCACCCUGCAACGACUCCGGCGCGCCGGCGCUGCCGCUGCCGCUCCCGCCGCUCCCUUGCAUCCCGGGCCUGCCGCGGCCCAGCUUCCUGCCACCCUGCGACGGCUCCAGCGGCGCCGCGGCGUCGCCGCAGCCGGCGGAGUGCAGCACGUCCCUAUCGGGGCUGGCGCCGUGCGCGGACUUCCUCACCGCGAACGCCACCAACUUCCUGGCGGCGCCCGCGGCGGCGUGCUGCGACGGGGUCAGGUCGCUGGUGAAGGACGCGCCCGUCUGCCUGUGCCACGUGAUGAGCGGCGACCUCGGCGAGAUCCUGCCGGCGCCCGAGCUGCGCCUGCGCGCGGUGGCGCUCCCCCGCGCGUGCGGCGUCGCCGUGCCGUUCGGCACGCUUCGCCAGUGCUUCAGGGGGCCUGUGCCGCCGAUGGACGCGCCAGCACCGCCGUCGUGA